AUGGAAUCUGGGAGAAGGGGAUGGAAUCUGGGAGAAGGGGAUGGAAUCUGGGAGAAGGGGAUGGAAUUUGGGAGAAGGGGAUGGAAUCAGGGAGAAGGGGAUGGAAUCUGGGAGAAGGGGAUGGAAUCUGGGAGAAGGGGAUGGAAUAUGGGAGAAGGGGAUGGAAUCUGGGAGAAGGGGAUAGAAUCUGGGAGAAGGGGAUGGAAUCUGGGAGAAGGGGAUGGAAUCAGGGAGAAGGGGAUGGAAUCUGAGAGAAGGGGAUGGAAUCUUGGAGAAGGGGAUGGAAUCUGGGAGAAGGAAAUGGAAUCUGGGAGAAGGGGAUGGAAUCUAGGAGAAGAGGAUGGAAUCUGGGAGAAGGGGAUGGAAUCUGGAAGAAAGGGAAGGAAUCCGGAAGGAAGGGAUGGAAUCUCGGAGAAGGGGAUGGAAUAUGGGAGAAGGGGAUGGAAUCUGGGAGAAGGGGAUGGAAUCUGGGAGAAGGGGAUCGAAUCAGGGAGAAGGGGAUGGAAUCUGGGAGAAGGGGAUGGAAUUUGGGAGAAGGGGAUGGAAUCGGGGAGAAGGGGAUGGAAUCUGGAAGAAGGGGGAGGGGAUGGAAUCUGGGAGAAGGGGAUGGAAUCUGGGAGAAGGGGAUGGAAUUUGAGAGAAGGGGAUGGAAUCUGGGAGAAGGGGAUGGAAUCUGGAAGAAGGGGGUGGAAUCUGGGAGAAGGAGAUGGAAUAAGGGAGAAGGGGAUGGAAUCUUGGAGAAGGGGAUGGAAUCUGGGAGAAGGGGAUGGAAUCUGGGAGAAGGGGAUGGAAUCUGGGAGAAGCGGAUCAAAUCAGAGAGAAGGGGAUGGAAUGUGGGAGAAGGGGAUGGAAUCUGGGAGAAGGGGAUGGGAUCUGGGAGAAGGGGAUAGAAUCUGGGAGAAGGGGAUGGAAUCUGGGAGAAGGGGAUGGAAUUUGGGAGAAGGGGAUGGAAUCUCGAAGAAGGGGAUGGAAUCCGGGGGGAAGGGAUGGAAUCUGGGAGAAGGGGAUGGAAUAUGGGAAAAGAGGAUGGAAUCUGGGAGAAAGGGAUGGAAUCUGGGAGAAGGGGAUCGAAUCAGGGAGAAGGGGUUGGAAUCUGGGAGAAGGGGAUGGAAUCUGAGAGAAGGGGAUGGAAUCUGGGAGAAGGGGAUGGAAUUUGUGAGAAGGGGAUGGAAUCUGGGAGAAGGAGAUGGAAUCCGGAAGAAGGGGGUGGAAUCAGGGAGAAGGAGAUGGAAUGAGGGAGAAGGGGAUGGAAUCUGGGAGGAGGGGAUGGAAUCGGGGAGAAGGGGAUGGAAUCUGGGAGAAGGGGAUGGAGUCUGGGAGGGCGGGAUGGAAUCUGGGAGAAGGGGAUAG